AUGUCAUUCAUUUUAGGAAACACCACUGAAUCUUACCAUCCCAUUAGCAAUGAAGAUUUUACGUAUCCUGGACGCGUCGGUUAUAUCUCAAUAUAUUUACCAUCUUUCAUUUUAUCACCUUCAGAUACGGGUCCUGCUAUCUUAUACAUUGGCGGUCAGAUAGAUUCUACAGGAACGUACAUCACUAAUGACGUGAUGAUGUUCCGUCCAACAAAGCCCUAUCAAUCACCGUCAUCACCAGAUCCUAAUCCUCAACUUUUCCCUUUCUUGAGUAACGGAUUACCACCGACAGCAUGGGGAAGCGGUGGGAUUGAUCAUCAAGGUAAAUUAUGGGUAAUUGGUGGGGUUGUGGAAGAUUGUCAUCAUACUUCUUUGGCUUAUGUACGUGACCUGAAGAAAGGAAGUCUUGCGGAUUGGACAUCUUGGCAUCAUCACGGGAUCAACUCGACCAUCAAAAGACGUAGACAAACGCAGGCAGUACGCGUCAUUCGUAAUUCGACCAAUCAUCAUGCUCAACAUUCACAUUUGACCUCUGAUUUGCGAUUUACCAAUUCAUCCCUCAUAUCAAAUCAAUCCACAACGCCAGGACACGCUGAAUUUUGGAUACUAGGCGGGGUAUCUGAUCCUUAUACCUGUUCAAAGACUUUACUCGGACACCUUGGAGUUGAUAAGUGGGAUACCCAGAAAUCAACGGUGGAUCCUCUUCAACUUGAUUGCAUCCAUGCUAAUCAGUCAACUAGUUUGAGGCCUCCAAUUGCAGACUAUUCUGUCACGACUUUAUCAAAUGACGCUCAGAAAAUCAUUUAUAUUGGCGGACAAAUGGUUGAUGCAUCAUAUGGUAGUAUGGAAAACAUUCUUGUGUUGGACACUUUACAUGAAAAAUUGGAACAUAUUGUGAGAAUGAAUCAACUUUUUGUCAAUUUUUAUCAAUUUGUGUAA